AUGUGGCCUCUUCAUUUUGAGGCCUUCAUUGAGUUGCUGGGUGUGGAGGAGCAGUACAACCAGUUUAUCAAGGAUUUCCCCUCUCUAUUUCUCGACUUGGCCAGGGCAUUGCCAGUGUUUCAGAACAAAAAGCCCAUCACCAAUACUGAGCACACACCUAAAGCAUCUGUCAUUUUCGAAACAGUCCCACCAACAUCGCCAAAUGUGAAGGAGUUUCAGUAUGUCAAAUUUGUGCAUGAGCCCAUUACAGUGACGGGUGAGAAGAUUGAUGCCCUCAACAAAACUAUUCUGGAUGACAGCACCAAGGCCCUAGCCUUGAUGCUUGUUAUUGAGGUUUGCUAA